UAGUGCUGCCUUCACUUGCACCAACAGAGACUUUUUAGACCGUCUGUACCACCAUUUACAUGUAAUGUUGCUGAAAGAAAAGCGGUUCAGAUGGUUAAUACGUUGGUUCGUAUUAAUAAUGACAGAAAGCAGUCACACUGAUGUUAUUUUCAGGUAGAGGCACCGAUAUUCGCCACUUGUUAAACCUCAAAAGCGUCCGACGUUGGAGCUCACGAGCGGACCCUGAAGGCAGCACGACAUCUGCCGCGUGCGCUCACAGCAUCUCCAGCCACUGUUGGUUAACGACAAUGAGAGGGAGCCCGAAAACUGGCUGUGUGAGUUCAGGCGUGUCUCAGCAGGGGACGAGCUCAGCCGGGUGAUAUUUUUUUAGUACUUCCAUCAGUUAUGGCAGCUUUUGGUGGAGCCACGCCGCGAAGCUGAAGUUGGUGCUACUUUGGACAAGAGGAGGCAGUGAUGGACCAAAGGGUGUGAUUAGGACCAACCCAGCUGCCACCCCCCAGUGAACUCUGACCCCCAGGUGCCAUCUGACUCAGGGAUACGAUGGGGCUCCUUUUCUUUCACCCCGGCCCACUCUUCUUCGUCUUCUUUUUCCUCCUCCUCCUGUGCCACCCCUGCAUUUCCAUCAGGCCUCAAGUCCUGGAGCGAGCAUCUGCGCCUGAACAAUCUCAGUCCUCUGACAACUCCACAGAGUCUGAAAAGAAGAAAUGUGCAGGUGUCGUGGUGUGUAAACCCGGCAUUCUGCUGCCAGUCUGGGAGCCUCUUGACCCUCCAGUUGGGGAACAAGCAGGGAGGGCAAUUGUGUACUUCCUCUCUCUCAUGUACAUAUUCCUUGGAGUAUCCAUCAUUGCAGACCGCUUCAUGGCAUCCAUAGAAGUCAUUACAUCUCAGGAGAAGGAGGUGACCAUUACCAAACCUGAUGGGGAAACCACGGUGAAAACCGUGCGGAUCUGGAAUGAAACCGUGUCCAACCUGACACUCAUGGCCCUGGGCUCCUCCGCACCAGAGAUCCUGCUCUCUGUUAUUGAGGUGUGUGGACACAACUUCAAUGCUGGGGAGCUCGGCCCAGGCACCAUAGUCGGCAGUGCGGCCUUUAACAUGCUUGUGAUAAUUGGUCUGUGUGUGUCAGUAAUUCCAGAUGGACAGUCUCGCAAGAUCAAACACCUGCGAGUGUUUUUUAUCACAGCUUUCUGGAGCAUCUUUGCAUACAUUUGGCUCUACCUCAUUCUGGCCGUCAUCUCCCCAGGGAUUGUUGAAGUUUGGGAAGCUGUUGUAACACUGCUGUAUUUUCCCAUCUGUGUGAUGUUGGCUUGGAUCGCUGACCGCCGCCUGCUCUUUUACAAAUACAUGCAUAAGCGAUACCGUGCCGACAAGAGGCAUGGGAUUGUAGUGGAAAUGGAGGGGGACGAUUCCCCCCCACGCAUUGAUGUUAUCAUGGACAGAAAGCUGUCAGACGGCAGUCCAGACCCUGGAAACUCCUCUAGUGUGACUGUGUCUGUGCAGACAGGCAGUGAGCUGGACCAGAACAAAGAUGAGGCAGUCCGCAUCUUGAAAGAUCUGAAGGAGAAGCAUCCAGAUAAAUACCUGGACGAGCUGAUCGAGAUGGCCAACUACUCUGCCCUGGUCCACCGGAAGAAGAGUCGUGCCUUUUAUCGUGUCCAAGCAACACGGAGGAUGAUUGGUGCUGGAAACAUUUUAAAGAAGCACGCCGCAGAGCAGAAACGGCGCGCGUCGGGACAGGAUUUGGACAAGGCGACAUGCUCACAUAUCUGUUUUGAAAGCGUCCAGUACCAAUGCACAGAGAACUGUGGCUCUGUGACCCUGUGGGUGGUUCUCGAUGGAGGCACAGGCCAAAACACGUUCUAUGUAGACUACUGUACAGAAAACGGAUCUGCCAACGCUGGAUCAGACUAUGAGUUCAACGAGGGAACUCUGACAUUCAAACCAGGGGAAACCCGAAAAGAGAUCAAGGUGGGGAUUUUGGAUGAUGACAUGUUUGAAGAGGAUGAACAUUUCUUUGUGCGUCUUCAAAAUCUGAGGUUAGAGGAGGGAGGGAGUGAAGGGACCGGUUCUCCGCCCAAGGCUACACUGGUGGAACCUCUUCUGGCCACAGUCACCAUACUGGACGAUGACCAUGCUGGGAUCUUUACCUUUGGGCAGCAAGUGCUGCGAGUGAGUGAGAGCACUGGCAUGCUGACGGUGACAGUGUUGAGGAACUCGGGCUCCAGGGGCACAGUGGCUGUGCCGUACCAUACUGAGGAUGGUAGUGCCAAGGCUGGAGUGGACUAUGAGGAGGCCAGAGGGGAGGUGGAAUUCACCAAUGAACAGACAAGUCAGACAUUACAGAUAUGCAUUUUAAAUGUGGAGGAGUACGAAAAGCAGGAAAACUUCUUUGUUGUGCUUGAAGACCCCAAGUGGCUGAAGAGAGGAAUUUCUGCUUUACUACUGAACCAAGGCAACCCAACUCCUGAGGAGGAAGAGGCCAGGAGGAUUUCUGAGAUGGGCAAACCUAUUCUAGGAGAGCACAGCAGACUAGAAGUCAUCAUAAAAGAAGCCUGUGAUUUUAAGACUCCCAAUGGAGUCAUAGACCAGAACACUGUGGAUCAUCUCCUCCAAGACACAAAUCUAGCAGAAGUGAUUGGGACUCACUCAUGGAAAGAGCAGUUCAUUGAAGCAGUCACAGUGAGUGCAGGUGAUGAUGAUGAGGAGGAGGGACAGGAGCAAAGAACGCCCAACUGCUUCGACUAUUUUAUGCACAUACUUUGCGUUUUCUGGAAAAUUUUAUUUGCUUUUGUCCCGCCCACCGAGUACUGGAACGGCUGGGCGUGCUUCAUUGUGUCCAUCUCUGUCAUCGGCCUCCUAACCGCCAUCAUCGGAGACCUGGCGUCGCAUUUUGGCUGCACUGUUGGCCUCAGAGACACUGUGACUGCUGUGGUCUUUGUGGCGCUGGGGACUUCACUUCCUGACACUUUUGCCAGUAAAGUGGCUGCCACUCAGGACCAGUAUGCAGACGCGUCCGUGGGAAACGUGACAGGAAGCAACGCAGUCAAUGUGUUUUUGGGCAUUGGCCUGGCCUGGUCCGUGGCUGCGGUGUACUGGGAAGUGAAAGGGAAGGUCUUCCGCGUCGACCCUGGUUCCCUGGCCUUCUCGGUCACACUUUUCACUAUUUUUGCGUUCUUUAGCAUGGGAGUGCUGAUGCUACGCAGGAGGCCGUCCAUAGGAGGCGAACUCGGGGGUCCAAGGAUUCCCAAGGUCCUCACCUCGCUGCUCUUCUUCGGACUCUGGUUCCUGUACAUCCUCUUCUCCAGCCUGGAGGCCUAUUGCCAUAUACAAGGAUUCUGAGAGAGUCAUAAGGUCACACUUACAGACACAGAACUGUGACAGUAACUACCAAUAGGAAUCCAUCAGCCUCACCGUUUGACUCCUGCUGCCAUGGUUUAAAACAUAUACACAACGUGUGACUAUUCUAGUCAGUAGGACUCUUUGUCACAAUACAAAUUAAUUUCUUUUAAAUAUAUUAGAUUAUAGUUAACUGUAUUAUGCCUAAAGGGUAUAGGCAGACAUAUAUUUCUGAUUAUUAAAAUAAUGCUAAUAGUUCACAUCCAGACUUAAAGUUGGUCAUUGUCUUCACUCACACGUAUAAAGCCAAGGAUACUGGUAAAAUGUUGCUUGCACAAAGCUAUGGAGGACCAAUACUGACAUAAGAAAUAAAAGCAUAAAUAUAUAUUUAGUUUUUCCUUGUCCUUACACAUGGGUUUCCGUCAAGAAAUGUAUAUAUUUUCUUUUUCAUUUCCACUAAACGUGUUUUUGUCAAGAGAAGUAGAUAUUUUGUUUUGUCGUUUCAUUAUACAAGCCCUCCUUCUUUUGUCAUUGCCUCCUCUCAUUUUUCUGUUUGUCCGUUUUCUACUUGAUUGUCUACUUUUUCUAACCAGUGAUUAUGUAAAAGAAACAUUCGUAGCUAAUGAUAAUCAAAAAGAAACGGCUUGUUUAAAAGCCCAAGGCUUUUGCCAAAAGAAUACAUCUUAUUUGAUCCAUGAUGGGAAUCUAAUCGCAGCUGAUUGCUGCAGAACUCCAUCGGAAUGUUUCAAAACAUUCUGUGGGAAAAUAGCAGAGAACAGACAAAGCACAAGAAAAGCAGGUUUGGACUAACCAUUAAACUCACAUUCAUUUCAGGCAGAUGACAGCAUUAUGGACUGUGGAAGAG